AUGAGAAAACUACGAGGGGAACCACUACCUGAACGGCUGAACCUUCUUCCCUUUCUUCCAAUGGCAGCCGCGACCUCUAUCUUCCUCGAGGAUCUCCCCGACGACAUCCUCCUGCACAUCCUCAGCCAUCUCGAUGGCCCCUCUCUCGCCGCCGCCGGCUGCUCAUCUUCCCAUCUCCACCGUCUCUCCUCCCUGCCUUCCCUCUGGCUCAACCUAUGCGUUUCAAACUAUCCCUCCCUCCUCCUCCUCCCUUCCCUACCCUUCUCACCCCGCUCCUUCUUCUCCCUCGCCUUCCCCCUCUCUUCUUCUUCUUCUUCCCCUACUGCCCAAUCCUCUCCCGAUUUCGUCUCCUCCUUCGUCGAUCUCCGCUACCGCGGUGUCCCCAUCCUCUCCCGCAUCAUCUCAACCGACACCCGAUCGCCCCUGUUCUUUUCAUCCCUCUUCCGAUUAGACGCGAUAGACGGCCAUCUCCGGCCAGAUCCCGCGUUCUCGCCGGCUGAUCUGGAGAUGAGCUGGGUAAUGGUGGACCGGACCGGAGAUCGCGUGGUCGAUCUGUCCAGCUGGAAGCCGGUUUCCAUGGAAUCGAACUGGUUCAGCGGGGAUGUGCGGGUCCGGUUUGCGACGGCGGUGGGUGAGGGGCGAGCAGUGGUGGUUCCGACAGUGAUGUGCAGUGUUGUUGGGGUGAGGGAGGUGUUGUUGAUGGUGGAGGACGGAGAUGGGGUUCCAAUGAAUGGAACAGAUAGUAUGGUGGUGAUCGGGGAAAUGAUGGAUGGAGAUGCCAAAGCUGAAGAAAUCAGUUCAGUUGAAGAACUGAUUGCGAAGGCUUAUUUAGCAAUUGACAAAGCAGUAAAAUCAGGCACUUUGCAUAAGAACACUGGAGCACACAGGAAGUCACGCCUUGCAAGGAGGAAGAAGACCAUUGAAAUCCACCAUGGUUGGUACAUUCCUGCCGUUACUGCUUGA